UACCUCAGCUCGGGAACCCGGGGUUCUUCUUGCUGCAGCUCAGUGGUCAUCACUGGGCUGGUUGUGCAUGUAAGGGGGGCAUGCUGAGGCCUGGGGUGUAUGGGGUUCUAAAUCUGUGACCUUAAUGUUAGCAGCAUUACGCUCUCCCAAGUGAGUUAACCGGAUAGCCCCCAGGGAAUAGCAUUCAAGACUGGAAAUAGCAUUUGCUAAGAUCCAGUGGUCUGAGGGAUAUAGCUCUUUCAGUGAACUGAAAGAAAAAGCAUAGGAUGGUGUGAAGUCUGGAGAGAUAGGAAGAAGCCACAUAACACAGGGCCUUGGAGUUUUAUCUUUAUCCUAAGAGUGAUCAGAAGCCAUUGAAAUUCUUAAGCCAAUUCAUAUCAGUUUUACAUUUUCUUUUCUUUCUUUUGUUUUGGUGGCUGGCCAGUAUGGGGAUCCAAACCCUGGGCCUUGGUGUGAUCAGCACCGUACCCUAACCAAGUGAGCUAACUGGCCAGCCCAAGCUUUACAUUUUCAAAGGUUCAGUUUAGUUAUAAUAUGGAAAAUGGAUAGAAGGAGGCAAAAGUAGAUGGGAGUAAUGGAGUAAUCCAAGGAAGAAACUUUGGAAAUUGGUUAUGGAGAUAGAAAUGGACAGAUUUAAGGCAUAUUUAGGAAGUAAAAUGGAUGGGAUAUGUGGUGUAGGGGGAAGGAAGUGUCAAAGAUGACUUGUAGGUUUCUGACUUGCAUAGCUGGAUAGAUGUCAUUCACUGAAUUAGGAAAUUUUGAAGUUCAGUUUUGUACAUGAUGAGUUAUAGGUGCCUUUGUGACAUUUGAGAGCUGUAAAGUAGGGAUCUGGAACUCAGAGUUAAGGCCUAGGGUGGAGAUAAAAAUUGAGUCAUCUAUAAAAAAGUUAUUGUUAGGGCCAUGUGCAUAAGUGAUUGAAGAGAUGGCCUAGGAUGGAGUCUUGGAAACUUAGUGGCCAGGUUAGAAGAUGAACCUGCAAAGAAGAUCCAGGAAGAGUGUCCAGAAAGGGAGGAAAGCCAGAGGAAAAGAUGCUAGAACCACAGGAGAAUGGCUUGAUUGACCUACCAGAUUAUGAGCAUGUAGAAGAUGAAACUUUUCCUCCUUUCCCACCUCCAGCCUCUCCACAUGGUGAAAGAGUUGAACCUGAUGAAGAGUUAGGGAGUGGAGCACCUGUUCCUGUACCUCCAAAGAGAACAGUUAAAAGGAAUAUACCCAAGCUGGAUGCUCAGAGAUUAAUUUCAGAGAGAGGGCUUCCAGCCUUGAGACAUGUGUUUGAUAAGGCAAAAUUCAAAGGUAAAGGUCAUGAGGCUGAAGACUUGAAGACGCUAAUCAGACACAUGGAGCACUGGGCACAUAGGCUAUUCCCUAAACUACAAUUUGAGGAUUUUAUUGACAGAGUUGAAUAUCUGGGAAAUAAAAAGGAAGUUCAGACCUGUUUAAAACGAAUUCGACUUGAUCUCCCUAUUAUACACGAAGAUUUUGUUAGCAAUAAUGAUGAAGUAGGGGAAAAUAAUGGCCAUGAUGUAACUGCUACCGAAUUAGAUCCCUUUUUGACAAACUCAUCUGAAAAUGAGAAGUUUGCUUCUGAGCCAAGUAGAAGCUUAACAGAAGAGCAACAACAAAGAAUUGAGAGAAAUAAACAACUGGCCUUGGAAAGAAGGCAGGCAAAGCUACUGAGUAAUAGUCAGUCCCUAGGAAAAGACAUGUUAAUGAACACACCUAGGGCACCGACAGUUGAAGAUGUUAAUACUGAUGAGGAUCAAAAUGAGUCAAAUGGAUUAAGCAAAGACAUUCUAGACAAUCCACAUAAUGCUACUCCUGCCAAUACUGUAAAUGAAGAGGAGGAAUUAAAAUUUGAGGAAACACAACUAGACCAAUCCUUUUAAAAUGUACGAUCCUUUAUGCUCCAUCCAGAAACGUUACCGAGGUUAGAUAGGCCUCCACUAAGAGAAAAUGUGUCUAUUAACUUGCUAUCCUGAAAGUUUGGGAUUACUACAUAUUUUGUUUACUUUGAGUGAAAAUCCUUAGGUAGUAAAACUUUUACAGAUUCUCGUUUAAAAUCUGGUAUUUAUUUAUAAUUAUGCUUGUCACAUAUUAACUUUGGUUAAUCUAUUCUUUUUAGUGUUUAUUUUUAUGUAGAUUUGACUUAUAAAAUGAUUAGUAAUUAAUUGGCAGCUUCUGCUUGUGUGCCAUUGAGUGCCUUAUUUUCACUAAAUUGGGUGAUGUUUUGAGAUAUAAAUAUAUAUUGAAUAUUAAUGUCCGUUUUUAAAAAGAAGUAAAAAUAAAAAUUAUCUUACAAACUA